AUGUCGAUGUAAAACAUAAAACGUUUUGCUACGCCUAUAAUAAACACGUCACACAGUGGAAUUUAAAAGAGAGAUCUAUCGUUUGCUUAGCUCGCAGAAACAUAUAAUGACGGAUAAAAAUAUUCUCUAGGUUCGAGCAAACAGGGCCCCGAUCCGAAGCGUGUCACGAAGGCGAGGAGAAGGAUUGCAUCGGCGGAAUCUCAAGAGUUUCCACCGCAGUGAAUCAUUUAAUGAAUGAAAGACCGAAUCCAAUUUUCUUGAAUGCCGGUGACCAUUACCAAGGGACUCUUUGGUACAACGUUCAUCGUUGGAACGUGACUGCUACGUUUAUGAACAUGUUACCGCACGAUGUCAUGACAAUAGGGAACCACGAGUUCGACGACGAAGUCGCUGGCGUGGUUCCUUUUUUAAAAAUGGUCAAAGCACCAGUGGUAGUUACCAAUAUUGAUGCAACUGAUGAACCAACGAUACAAACAAUUUCCAGAACCGGGAGAUUAAAAUUUCUCGACGAGGUGGAGUCGGUGAACGACGAGGCCAGGAGAUUGAAGUCUCAGGGUAUCGACAUUAUUAUCGUUUUAAGCCACUGUGGACUGAAGGUGGAUAGAAUAAUGGCUGCCAAGUGUCCUUUGAUCGAUGUCAUCGUCGGUGGACACUCCCAUACGUUUCUUUACUCAGGAUCACCUCCCUUCGUCGACCAGCCGGAAGACGAAUAUCCAGUGGUAGUGGUUCAAGAGGACACCAACAGAACGGUGCUGAUCGUUCAAGCAGCUGCUUUCACCAGAUCCUGAGAUGCUGAAGGCUUUGGAACCUUGGAAAGUGAGCGUCGAUGAGAAGGCAAAAGCAAAGAUUGCUCGAAGCAGAGUUUUCCUCGACAAUAAAUGUCGCAGAAACGAGUGCAACCUUGGAAAUUUGAUCACAGACGCUAUGGUUGACGCUUAUGUAGACAAAGCAGAGAACAAGACUGUUUGGACAUACGCAGCAGUUAGUGUUACUAAUCCUGGAGGAAUACGAGCUCCUAUAAAUUCGACAACUCAAGAUAUCACUUUCGCCGAUGUGAUCAUGGCUCAACCCUUCGAGAACACGUGGGACAUCCUCGAAUUGAAUGGCAGCUGCAUCGUACAGAUGUCGAGCUUGCGAGGUGCCAAUGUACGAAGACCUAGUAUUACAUCAAUGGUACAGACUCGUAGUCCCGAGCUUUUUAGUUCAAGCUGGAGAUGGAUUCGACCCAUUCGAAACCUGUGGCAGAAAUCACGAGAUCGGAUUGGUAGAUUGGGUAGAACUGUCUAAAUACAUGAAGAAGAUCAGCCCUAUAUUAACUGGGCAAGAUCGUCGAGUGAUCUUUAUAUGAAUGAUGAACCUAAUUCCUAAUAAAGCUGGCAAAAUAAAUAAAUUAGCUAAUAAAUACUCCGUUUUGGAAAAGGAAAAGACACGCAAGGAAGAAGAUUCUGCCAGAAAAUUAAUACUAAGCAGUAUUGUAUUUAAAUCAAAGUGAACUCGUGCGAUAAAUGUAAAUCUGUAAUGACAAGCGCGUCGUGAUCUCGUUCAUCCACUUUGAUAAUGUACUCGGAUAAUUAACGCAAGAAUUGAAUAAUAUGGAAAUGAAAGUAACAUUAGUUCAUUCCUUUUUGCAAUACGAGCGAGAUACGCGAGAAUUAAUGACGAAAUGGUGACAAAAACUGAAAAUCGCCAUCAACAUCGACUAUCCGAUUAUCAACAAUUUCAUCAAUUUUUUUCUCCAAUAGAAAAAUCCCUACUUCUACAAAGCAUCAUUAUACGAUGAAAGAGGACACAACAAUAAGCAACGCGCAAAAAGGAACUUCAAAGCUCUUCUCAGCGAGCUGAAGACGCCUCCUCUGUUCGAUUUCAGCUACUGUUCAAUCUACUGUUUCAUCGCCCAAAGAGAAAGAAAAUCGAUCUACGACAGAUCUCGAUCAGUUUUCGUUCGGCAUUCCGCUGAAAUGCUUUUUUUUUUUUUUU